UGGAGGUGUGUCAAAUGUGUGUAAGCUCGCGAGUCUGCGCGCCGUUAAGCAUUCUCCUGUGAGCAGCCGAUGCUCAGCUGAUUUCACUUGACAUAUUUGACACCAUUGAUGUCAGUAAUGGCUUCCAGAACGGUGAUCAAGCUGCAAAGGACGCGCAACUUGGCUUCCAUUUUGAACAGUCAAGUUCGAUCAAGUACUGCUUUCCACACAAGUUCAAAGACUUGUACACAAGAUGAAGAUAAACCGAGGAAGAAACUCAUCAAUCAUUCCAGACUGCGUGGUAUUGACAUCCUGCGGACACCAAAGCUUAACAAGGGCCAGGCCUUCACGCUUGAAGAGAGACAGUUGAUGGGGAUCCAAGGCCUGCUACCGUCUUGUGUGAUCAACCAGGAUCAACAAAUGACCCGUGUGAUGGCCAACUUUCAUAACCGCAAGUCAGAUGUUGACCGAUAUGUGUACCUGAUGGCAUUGAAGGACCGUAAUGAACGCCUGUUUUACCGCUGUCUGACAGAACACACAGAGGAAAUGAUGCCCAUUGUGUACACGCCCACAGUCGGCCAGGCAUGUCAGGAGUACGGAGUCCUCUAUAGGAAGCCAAGGGGACUGUUUAUCUCAAUUCACGACAAAGGCCACAUCUAUGACAUGAUGUGCAACUGGCAUGAAGAAGAUGUAAAGGCUAUUGUGGUGACAGAUGGUGAGCGUAUCCUGGGUCUUGGAGACUUGGGUGUGUAUGGAAUGGGCAUCCCUGUUGGCAAGCUCGCCCUGUACACAGCCCUAGGGGGAAUAACACCCGACCAGACACUACCCAUCGUUCUGGAUGUGGGAACCAACAACGAGACACUUCAGAAGGAUCCAUUAUACAUUGGUCACAAUCACCCUCGUGUGACGGGCCAGGCCUACGACGACUUCAUCGAUGAGUUUAUGGAAGCUGUUGUGGCAAGAUACGGACAGAACACUUUGAUACAGUUUGAAGACUUUGCAAACCACAAUGCCUUCAGGUUUUUGGAAAAGUACAGAAACAAGUACUGUGUGUUCAACGAUGAUAUUCAAGGAACAGCUGCGGUGGCUGCGGCAGGAGUGUUCGCCUCCCUGAAAUGUACUGGCAAGAAGUUAGGGGAAAACGUGUUCUGUUUCCAGGGAGCAGGGGAGGCUUCUAUAGGAAUAGCCAGUCUCUUGGUACUGGCCAUGGAGCAAGAGGGUAUGAGUUCCGAAGAGGCCAUCAGUAAAAUCUGGAUGGUGGAUAGUCGUGGAUUGCUAGUAAAGGACAGACCAGCUGGAGGCCUCACAGAACACAAGCUUUUGUUUGCCAAAGAUCAAGCACCCAUCGACACACUGGCUGAUGUGGUCAAAGCUUCCAAACCCUCAAUUCUCAUAGGUGCUGCUGCUGUGCCUGGAGCCUUCACAGAAUCCAUCAUCAAAGACAUGGCAAUGUUUAACGAAAAACCUGUCAUCUUUGCACUUAGUAACCCCACCAGUAUGUCGGAAUGUACCGCAGAACAGGCCUACAAAUUCACUGAUGGGAGGUGUGUUUUUGCUAGCGGCAGUCCUUUCUUGCCUGUGACGUUGAACGGAAAGACAUUCCACCCAGGACAGGGUAAUAAUGCCUACAUCUUCCCAGGUAUAGCUCUGGGGGCCAUUGUCUGUGGAAUACGACACAUUUCUGAAGAUGUCUUCCUGAAGGCCGCUCAGACACUUGGCAAGCUGGUGACAGAGGAGCAUUUAGCUGAAGGGCGUCUGUAUCCUCCACUCUCUGACAUUCAGGAUGUGUCAUUGAAGAUUGCGACAGGAAUCGCUGAAAUGGUAUACAAGAGUGGGAAUGCCUCCACCUACCCGGAGCCGGAGAAUAAAGAGGAAUUUAUUCGUAAUCAUCUAUAUGACGCAGACUAUGAAUCAUUUGUCCCGGAGACAUGGACAUGGCCAGACAAUGUGAACUAAUCGACCUUCAAUAUAAAAGCUACCUAUGUAUACCUGGUAAUUGAGCGUUCCCCCAGUGUUGUGCUGUUUAACACGCUGGAUUUCAGUGUGUCUUCCAUAGUGCUAUGGUGAUGUCUUACAUUGUUCUUUAACCCUUUAACCACUGUAGACAAUAAUGGACUAAUCCAGAUCAAUGCAUGGUAGAGUCUACUAAAGUUACAUAGGGGUGAAAGGGUUAAAAGGGCUGUUGCAGAAUUAACCGUAGGGGAGGGUUUGGAGGCACUUUUUCAGGGACCCCUAACCCAUGAAAAUCUUAAAAGUGAUUUAAUACAAGGAAUGGGAGGGAGAUCUGGUUUUUACCCCACCACCUAUAAUAUAUCAAUACAGUUGCCUCUCACACCUUCCCCAUACGAUAAAUUAUGGAAUGGCAUUAAGAGUUUUGUGUAAUUUUCUCAAUCCGUAUGUAGUUUGUGUAUUUUGUGGUUCGUUCAAAUCUGAUUUGAAGAAUCGUUUUACUUAAAUUAUUUGAAAUGGAAAAGUACACACAGAUUAUGAUCUGUAGUAUGUGUCCUCAUUCUACUCCACUUUUGAGUGCUAUUUUGUAUUGAAUGUGCUUUUUUACAUUUAUAUCUUUUAUCAUUUAACAAUAUUUGAACUCAGUUAAGCUUUUCUGUUCUUUUUACAUGGACAUGGCUUCAGAGAAUCUCUGGUUGCGAUACUUCCCGGUACUUGUUUUCGUAACAUUAUCAAAUUUGUUUGCCUUGGUAUUGCACUUAUCCCUACAGAUAAUGACAGUUAAUGGUUGGAAUAGUUCAUUAUGAAAUUCCAGGGGUGAAUGAGUUAAAUAGUUAAUUUUUCUUGGAAGCAGUAUGUAAGCUUAACUGCUAAGUUGACGGCGUAUAUUUUUUAAUUUCUGAUCAAUUAAUGUUUUAUAAAAUUGAUACCACAUUCUAAGGGGAGGCUUAAUACGCUGUAUGACUUUAUUUUAUAGAAAAUUAUUACUGAAAAAUAAAUCUGCUUGUCCCAUUAAAUCUGGGGGAAAACUAAUGACCAGGUACCUGGUAUUCAGAUUUUUCUUUUCUGGAUUCAAAGCAAGUCUCAAAACUUAUCAAGUAUUGUAAAAUCUGGAAUUAUUGGUAUCAACAAAGAAAUUUAACAUGAGAACCCAGAAUGAAAAUAUCGGUUUUGAUGAAUGGCAAUAAUUAAAUUGUGGAUUUUAUGAAUUAAGGAGGUGCCUAUAUUUUCAAUCCGUUGUUUAGUACUUGGUGUAUGUCAUUAUGAUGUCUUUACACUAGUAAUACAUUUUUUCUUAUAUUUCUGUUUCUUGUCUCGUUUCUGUACGUCACCAUGUUUUUAUUGGGCUAAAAUAAUGUACAAUUAGCAUUCUUAAUCUCUGGAGUUGGAGCCACCAAACUGUAUUGUGAUAACAAUCACAAAAUAAAACCGGUUCUUGUACGGUAUUUGAAUGAAAAUAUUUUUGGUAGGUAAUUGAUAUAUUGCAUAUCGUUAACAGAAUCUCAAGUAUAUCUGUACAGUAUAUCUAUUUAAUCUGUCUCUAGAGUAAAAUCUAACAAAUGGCUCUCUGCGAACAAAUAAAUUAUCCUAGUUUGUACAGCUUUGUAACAUAAUUCUCUUUAAAAAAAAUGGUUAAUGUGCAUGUAUUAACAAUUCUUAAUCAGCAAUCCUAAUUUAUAAGUAAUUGACUUGGACAGUAUUUGUCACAGAAGUAAUCCUAAUUUAUAAGUAAUUAACUUGGACAGUAUUUGUCGCAGUAGUAAUCCUAAUUUAUAAGUAAUUAACUUGGACAGUAUUUGUCGCAGUUCAGUAUUCAGUAUUGUCACAAGUAUAAUUCCUUUUACAACUAAAAUUGUUUGAUUUAUUGUUUUAUGCCAAAUGAUAUUACUGUUAUGUCCGCACGAUAGGGAAUACAUUUUAUAAUAUAUCCGUACCAGACUGUCAUGAAAUGAUAGCGUGCUCUAUAUAUAGGCCCAGUGACAUCUAUGGUGUCCAUAAAAUACCUUCAAAUACUCUCAAUACGAAUUAUGAAAUUAGACCACAAUCACAAGGUACACAUAUACUGUUUGAAUGAGAACAAAUACUUUACUUUUGAUCAAAUAUUUUUAUACAAUAUCUUCUGAAGUUCCUAAUUCAUAUUUAGUUUAAAUUGUAAAAUAACAUUUUUAUGUACAGUGUAUCACCCAAGUAAAUCAGAAACUUUUAUUAUGUUGGCAAGGCAACUCAAAAUUGACUACUCUAUGUGAAGUUGCUAUAAAAACCAAAGAUCUGUUAUAGUUUUGAAGUACAUGCUCCGUCAUGUAUUAUAUUUGUUAUAAAAUGCUCAUGGAUGAUGAAUGUUUUAACUAGUCAGUAUUUAUGUUAUUUAAAAGCCAUUAGCAUUACUCUAGAUGAUAAAUUAUUAUAUUACACAAGUCUUGUAGUACAGAAAAGGACUUCGGAUGUCAUACUGAAGCUUUGGAAAUUAUCUGGUAACAUUCGCAAUGGUAUUGCUACACAUUCUACAUUUGAUAGGUACAUGUUGUUCUGAUGUGGAGAUCAGAGUGGUUCGGUUUUUUGUCCCUAAACAUCAUUGUUCUUAAUCUGAAUUUACUUUUAAAUUAAUUAUAAUCUUCAGUGUCUGCUAAGAUCACAUGUGGAAAAAAAAAAAAAAAA